AUGCAAAAGAGAGGAUUACAACUUGAUAGUUUUUCAGAUAAUCCUAUGGAAGAGGACUCUCUCUCAGUAGAAGUGUAAUCCCUACUUAGUGGCAGCGACGCCUUACGAUUUUACAAAAUUGGGCUUGAAGUUGGUCGAGAAGGCAUCACUAAUUGCUCCACCGGAGUCAGUCUCAGCAUAAAUCCUUCAGAGAUAGAGCUUGGACAAGUUAUAGGCCACGGCUCUAGCGGAGUCGUCUUUGCUGGACGCCACGUGCCUACUAACACUUUGUUAGCACUGAAGUCUAUAAAUAUAUAUGAACGCGACAGGAGAAAACAAUUGGAAAAUGACUUAAAAGCCCUGGACGAGUUUUCAAGCCCUUACCUUGUAUCUUAUUAUGGCGCUUUCUUUGGAGAUGGCGUUGUCAAAGUAGCCAUGGAGCUGAUGGACUUAGGAAGUUCAAGAAAAAUUAUAAGUGUCCUUGCUGGAAGACAAGAGCCAGUGCUUCCUGAAGAAAUUUUAUAUGCUUUGUCAUUUCCUAUAUUGAAAGGCCUGCAAUAUUUGCAUACAGAAAAACAUAUGAUACAUAGAGACAUCAAGCCAGACAACGUGCUAAUUAACAGCAAAGGAGAAAUCAAAUUAAGCGACUUUGGGAUUUGUAGGGAGCUGGCCAAUUCAGCUGCGUUUUGCAACUCUUUUGUGGGGACAAUUACUUAUAUGUCGCCAGAAAGGAUCAUGAAGACUUCGUAUGCGUACCCAGGGGAUAUAUGAAGUGUAGGCUUGGUUUUGAUUGAAUUGAUCAGAGGGGUUUUUCCUUAUCCAAGACCUGGAACUUUUAUUGAAAUGGUGGAAAAUUUGAUGAACUCGCAGCCUCCUCAGCUGCCGAAUAAUGGUCUCUAUUCAAUUGAAUUAGUAGAUUUCAUAUCUAGGUGCAUGCAGAUUGAUCCAGAAAAUAGAGCAACAAUUAACGAGUUACUAGCACAUCCCUGGGUGAGAAAAUAUGAAGGGUCAAGCAUUGAUUUGCUAGGAUGGCUUAGAGGAGUACUAAUGUAA